AUGAAAGAACAUGAUAUUGAACAAUUUAUUGAAUGGUCCCACAACAUUGGAGCCUUCAAACAUGAAAAUAUUGACUUGAAAUUCAUCUCCUCCGAGUGUGGUAUCGGAGGUAUUCUAACAUCAGACAUUCAAGCCUCUGAAGAUGAUCAAGUGGAUUUAUUAUCUGUUCCUUUGGAAAAUUGUUUAAAUGUUAGGAAUAUGAAUAGGGAAUUUAGAGAUUUAAUAUCGGAAUUGAAAUUAAUUGCUGAUGGAAAUAAUGAUAAGAAUGAAGAACUUGCUUCUCAGUGGAAGGGAACAAACAUGUUUGAAAAUGGAUUAAUUGUUUUCUACAUGUUUUUAAUUUAUGAGUUACAUGUUGAGAAGGAGAAGAGUACACACUUUCCAUAUUUGAAUUUAUUACCAAGGGAAUUUACUACAGCUCUUUAUUUUGAUGAAGAUGAAAUGGCUGCAUUGAGAUCUACCAAUUUGUACAAAUCUGUGCAGAGUAUUAGACAAAAUUUGAAGCAAAUUUACGAAACGAAAGUGGAAUAUUUAAUGAACAAGUAUCCACAAAAGUUUGAUAGACAAGUGUUUAGUUAUGAGAAUUUCAUGUGGGCUUUUUCUGCUGUUUGGUCAAGAGUUUUUCCAAUUGAAUAUCCUGCAGAGAAUGGAGAAGGUGUGGAAAUUGUUCCAACAUUAUUGCCAACAGUUGACAUUUUGAAUCACAAAUUUAAUGCCAAGAUUACAUAUUUCACAGGAUCUGACAGAAGAUUCUACUUGAAAACAAGAGAAUCUCUCAAAAGCGGAGACUAUGUCUGCAACAAUUAUGGAGCAAAGAGUAAUGAUUCAUUCUUAUUGAGUUAUGGAUUUGUCAUUCCAAAUAAUUCUGAAGACACUCUCUAUGUUCAAUUUGGUAUUUCUGAUGAUGGCAAUGAAGAAUUGGUUCAAUUCAAGAAAAAUCUUGGAUUUUAUCUCAAAAAACAACAACUGCCAGAAGACAUGCUAGAUUCCAUUCGUAUCUGUAUGAUGACCGAAGAUGAUUUUUAUCUUGCCAAACAAUCAACAAUCUCUCAACACAGAGAACAAUCUAAGGAUUCUGUCUACAGAUUCAGUGUAAAGAAUGAAUUCAAAAUGCUUCACACACUGAGGUCAUUGUUCAUAUCAAAGAGACGUCUCUUCCCAACCACUAUUGAAGAAGAUGAAGAAGAGUUGAGUGAAGAAACCAACUUUAACAUGCAAAAUAUUCUCAUUUACAUAAUUGGACAAAAGAAGAUUAUUGAAAAUGCCUUGAAAUGCAUUGAUGAAAAACUCUCUACUUUGCUUGGAACCUAUACCAAACUUGUGGACAAUAAUAAUCAUCAGGAAAAUAUUCUCCAAACCAUGAAGAAUAUCUUUAUUGAAAAUAGUGGAAAAUUAUCUGUGGAAAUGAGACCAGAAUUGAAUUCUUUCCAUGCCAUUUCCAAAGAAUCCAUCUCAAAAGGUGAAAUAGUAAUGAUUGUCAAAUCAGAGGAAUUAAUAGAUGUGGAUAAUGCUCUUGAUUCCCCGUUUGGAGAAUUCUACACUGAGGCAAGAGAGGAGGAUCUCAGUGCCAAUCUCGAUGAUGAAAUGGCUGUCAUGUUUUACAUUAUGUUUGAAAUGUUCUCCUCUCCAAAUUCACCUCUCAAGUCCAAUAAUCACAAAAAGUUUUUCAAUCUCCUUCUCAAGCAUUACAAUUUCCAAGAAACUCCAUUCCUCUCCGAAAAACUUCAAGAUGAGCUGAGUGGAACCAAUACCCUUGAUUUGAUUCAGAGAACAAGAGAUGGACUUUCUGAAGUUUUCGAGGAGAUUAAGAGUGCCCUCAUACAGUCUGGUGUAAGUUUUCAUUCUCUAAUUUUUUACUGA